GCGGCGGGUCCCGCCCGGGGAGGCGGCGGCGGGGGAAGGGGGAGGAGAGGCGGCGGAGCGCGUUGCCUCCCGAGGAAUUAAACGGCGGGGGGGUGGGGGGGGAGAAAGAGAGAGGGAGGAACGUGCAGAGGAAGGGAGGGAGGGAAGGAAGGACGGCCCGGGCUGGGGAGGGUCCCGGUCCCGGUCCCUUCUGCGGCGGGACCGCGGGGAGAGUCGCGCCCCGGCUCCGCGCCCAUGUGCUCCCGGUGGCCGCGGCGAGCAGCUCCCGCGCCCGGCGUCUCAUUAGGACCUUUGACUUCAUGAUGGGAGGAAACAUCCCCUGGGCUGUCAGGAUCCAAGCUUCUCCCAGUGCGAGGAUUUGUCAAGGCUGAGAGACUCCAAAUUAUCCACAAACCUCGUCUGAAAUACAGAGCUGCUUUUCCGUUUCCCCGCUGCGAGGGGUCCUGGAGCAGAUACGAAGAUGGCCUCCAGCCUCACCUGUGCCGGCAUCAUCUGGGCCUUCCUCUCCUUCCUCUGUGCCGCCGCCUCCUGCGUGGGCUUCUUCAUGCCCUACUGGCUCUUGGGCUCUCAGCUGGAGAAGGCGGUUUCCUUCGGCACUUUCCGGAGGUGUUCCUACCCGGUGCGGGACGAGGCCCGCCAGACGACCGUGAUGGUGGAGCAGUGCGGCCGCUACGCCUCCUUCCAGGCCAUCCCGAGCGCCGAGUGGAGGAUCUGCACGGUGGUGACGGGCCUGGGCUGCGGGCUGCUGCUCCUGGUGGCCCUGACGGCGCUCAUGGGCUGCUGCGUGGCCGAGCUCAUCUCCAGGACCGUGGGCAGGGUGGCAGGAGGCCUCCAGUUCCUGGGGGGUUUGUUGAUCGGCUCUGGUUGUGCCCUCUAUCCUCUUGGCUGGGACAGUGAAGAGGUCAGACAAACCUGUGGUAACCUUUCCAGCCAGUUUGAAUUGGGGACCUGCCACAUCGGCUGGGCCUACUACUGCACGGGCGGGGGUGCGGCGGCGGCCAUGCUGGUGUGCACCUGGCUGGCCUGUUUCUCCGGCAAGAAGCAGAAGCAGUACCCCUACUGAGCCCUGGGGCACGGGCGCUGCCAGGCGCCCGAGGGGCUUGCCGACGUCUUCUGGAUAACGACGAUGAACAAGGAAUUUUUAAGUGCUUUCUCUCUGGAGUGGGCGUGGGGUGGGACAGCGGGUGGCCCAAGGGAGGGCAGGGAGGUGAACGCGGUGCAAAGCCCUCCAGCCAGGCUGGACAGGGAACGGGCUUUCUCACCCGAGCCCGCUCUUGGUCUGCUCCGUAAAAAUAUAAGCACGGAAAACUCUGCUUUGGCAAAUGGUGAAAUUCUGCGGGCACCAAUUAAUUGAGAGGUUGGUGAGGGGGGCAGCAGUGCCGGGGGCCUGGGUUAGCACCUGGCAGUCCCUCGGCGCAGCGCUUCUGAAAGCACACACGCACGCACAGACGUUGACCAUGGCACAAAAUGAGCAGAGAGGAAAUGUUUUCUGGUGCGAUUCUUCUUCCUUUCCUUUUUUUUUUUUUUUUUUUUUUUUUUUUUUUUACUUCUCUCUGGUGGUUUAAAAUUCAGUGUUGCAACACUUUUUAAUCUAUACAUUAAACUUAAUAAAAGGACCAAUAAGCCACUUUAUCAGUAUUUUGUAUAUCCUCUACACAUUUUUCUUCCCCAAACAUUUAGCCACUGCUUAUUCAGCCCUAUAUAACUUUUAUUAAGCCUCUGUGUUUUCAGCAUUAUUACAAAAAUGCAACAUAAUUACUUGGCAUAUGUAGCUUUUCCCUAUAGUACUUUUAUGAAGUGCAGUAAAUGGACGUUUUUCUGUCCAUUGGAAAUUCCACUCACAGUACUGUAGAGCUCUGUUGGUUAUGUACGACUAACAGGAAACUUCUUCCAAACAUAGAUUUCUGUUGCUAUUAUGUUUAGCUCAUUGAUGUUGUAUUGUGCUGUACCAUGUUUAUUAUUUCAAUAUUCAUUUUUGUAAAAAAUAUAUAUAUAAUAUGUGCUAUUUUAUGUUUGUAUUUGAAAAAUCUCUGUAAAUAAAUUUUUCCUUGAUCAAUA